UUUUUGCUUGAAAACGAAUGAUGUGUUGUUGCUUUUCAGAAGUCACAAUCAGGUCACAAAAUCUGAUGCCAGCUAUGUGAAAUAUUCAUCACUUUGCCGGAGUUGACCUGUAAUGUGGCAAAGCUCAGUAGGAGCCAAUUACGGGGCUCCAGGGAAAUGAGGAGCCAGGUUUAUUUAACAUAAAAUAAUACAAAAUAAAAUAAAUCACCCAAGAGUUAAAAGUCAGAUAAGCAGGACUUUCUGUAAAGACCACAAAGGCAUGGACUAUAGAGUUGUGACGUUCGCGAACGAACCGAUUCUUUUGAACGGCUCAUAAACAUGAAAGAUGGGAGCCGAGUCGCAGCUGGGGGGGGGAGCCGUUCUUUCUGUCGUUCUUUUUUUCCUAUGCGUGUUUCACACAGAUGCACACAAAUUAGCUCCUCCGCGAGACAGAACAGUUAUAGGGGGAGGGGCGCACCCAGCGCAGGGGUGCUACUGCCUAACAGCAUGAUGAUAGUUGUGCACGCAUCCUUCACGUGAGUACUCCAGUGGAAAAAAACCCUGCGUCCCUCUGUCAUUGGGUAGGAGCGGAGCCAUGACUUGUGCACGCUGCCGUCACAUGCUUACUCCAGUUAAAAAAACAACCAAAAAAAAACACGUGCGAGUGCCUCUCUGUCUCAGUGCAAACUUGAAGACACACACGUGACACGUCUGAAAAUGCAUUUGGGUGCACUUUUCUCACGAAGAAAACAGUAAGGCUAAAUGCAUCAUUUGUCAAAAAGUCAUUUCAUUUAAGUCUGGGUCAACAAAUAAUUUACGGAGGCAUUUGAAGACUCAACACCCAACACUGCAGGUCACAGGUUUGAGAGCAGAGCCAGACUCAGACAACAACAGUGACACUGAUGUGUCCAUUGCCUCCUCUGCCUCCACAUCAAGUGCAACUGCAGCCACAGCAGGUUCUGACCCCACUGGGCCCACCACAUCACCUGGCCAGGCACGACAUCUUUGAAGAGAAGGGUGUCAAAAGUACCAGCUGUCUGUUUAACCACAGACUGUUGGACUUCAAGAACGACAGCAUCAUAUAUGUCUGUAACCUGCCAUUUUAUCGAGGAUUUCCGUGUGGCCUCCUGCCUCCUGGACUGUUUUGAAUUCAGUGAGCGGCACACAGCAGACAACAUUGCACAACAGCUGCUUAGUGUUGCAGCAGAGUGGGGGGUGGACAAGAAAGUAGUGUGCUGCCUAACCGAUAAUGCGGCAAAUGUUACUAAGGCUAUACAAACCAUUGGAUGGAUGCACCUACCAUGCCUGGCCCAUACUAUUAACCUGGUGGUAAUACAUGCCCUGCGAGCUUCAAAGCCCAUCAUUGAUAAGAUGAAAGAGGCAGUGGAAUACUUUCACAGAAGCACCGUGGGGGCGCAAAAACUGAAGGAGACUCAACUACAAAUGAAUAUGGAGGAGCUCCGACUGAAACAGGAUUGUCCUACAAGGUGGAAUUCCACCUACUACAUGUUGAAAAGCUUUAUUACCAGUAAAAAUGCCAUAAUCUCCACCCUGGCCGUCAUCAAUGCACCUGUCCGCCACCUGUCCCAGGAGGAAUGGACCACAGUGCAAGAAAUGUACACAAUCUUGCAACCAUUUGAGGAAGUCACUGUGGAACUCAGUGCAGAAAGCUACUUGACAGCCUCGAAGGUCAUAGUGCUGGCCAGGGGACUUCAAAGAGCCACCGCUGAUUUCCGGCGAAACACUACAGCAGCGGCAGCGCAAGGUGUGAUCGACAGUCUGUGUGCGAGUAUGUCAUCGCGAUUCCACAGGAUUCAUGCCAACCACAUGCUAGCAGAUACUGCUGCACUUGACCCGCGUUUUAAGAGGAUGGCCUUCCAUGAUGGCGGAACAGCAGAUGAGACGUUUCAAAGGCUGUCAGCUGCAGUAGCAAGAAUUAGCAGUGGCACACCCAUCCAACAGCAACCAGCUGCGGAAGGACUGGAAGGAGCAGGCAGUGGUGCUGGAUCAAUAGUUUGGAGCUAUUUCCAUGAGGAAGUAGCUGGAACAGUGGAAGCCGGGAAUCCCACCGCCGAUGCUGUCAUGGAGGUGCGAGCCUACCUGGAGGAGCCUCUUCUUCCAACACGAGGAUCCCCUCAAGUGGUGGGAGAGUCGAGCCCGUGUUUACCCCAGGCUUAGCAAGCUGAUGGCCAAGAAGCUUUGUGUUGUGGUGACAUCAGUUCCCUCUGAGAGAAUAUUCUCGAAAACUGGACAGAUAAUCUCAGAGAGGAGAAGUCGCCUUAAGCCCAAAAAGGUCAGAGCUCUUGUCUUCCUUAAUGCAAAUUUGCCCAAGGACAAGAAAGAGAGGCAGAAAAAGCCAUAAAGUAAGGAACUGCUUUGUAUUUAUUUACAUUGCAUUUUGUGUUCAUUUAAAACUUGAAGGGGCUGAUCUCUUAUUUGCAAAGUUUACAGUAGUUAUAGUAGUAAUA